CUCGUAUAGCUUUGUAAAGCGAAGGCUCCUCUUUAUAUGCUCGCCUUUCAUUCCUCGCUGGCCUAAUAAAGCGCACUGCAGCGCCCGUCCUCCCCCUCCCGUGUGGUUUUUUACGCUUUUGAUCCCCGAGGGACCUCGCGUUUGACAUUCCAGGCAUUCCGACCGCAGUCCCUCCUCGGUUACUUAUUAUCGCCGCCUGCUCUCUCCACAAUCAUUUCACAGCGAGAGAGGAGCAGCAGCCCGUCCAGGACCAGGGGGGGGAACAAGCACCAUGAGACGCCUUUAACUCGACAAAACCCGUGGAAAUAGUGGAAAUACCCCGCAAUAUUAGUUGGAGAUCGAGGACAGAGCUUCGCUAUGACGGUGAUGAGAGCAUGAGCUGGUAAGAGGUUCACAGCCAACGUAUUUAAUUAAACACUGAUAAGAGAGAACUUGUUGAUCGUCAAAAGAGGAUAACUUCACGCAGUAGUAUGUCGUCCACUGAAGAGCCGUCUGGCACGGUCCUGCACCGGCUCAUCCAGGAGCAGCUUCGCUACGGAAACCCCACAGACACCCGCACCUUGUUAGCCAUCCAGCAGCAGGCCCUGCGAGGAGGCAGCGGAAGCAACAGUGGACCCAGCAGUGGCGGCGAAAUGAGUAGGAGCCCGCGAUCCUCUCUGGAGAGUCUCACCCAGGAGGACCCGCUGCUUCCUCAGCUCUCUGCCAGACAGGAGCCUCAGGGCCAGGAGCACCAAGGAGACUACCAUCACUCAGAGAGUGGAUAUCAGCUGCACGGGGAGAAGCUGCCCACCUAUGAGCAGGCUAAGGCCCACUCUCAGUACCUGGCCUCUCACUGGGCCCCGCUGGGUCCCAUCCAGAGGCUCCACGAGGGGCAGCUCCACCUGCACGGCGGAGUCUUCCACGAGGAAGCCGAUCUGCUGGAGCAGAAGUGCAGCCACGUCCGGUCGCUCAGUGAGCACCGCAUGCAGAUCUCGCUGGAGAGGAGAGAUGCAUCGGCUAAAGCUGAGGCCAUCAAAGUCAGCUCUCACAGCUACCCCGAGCUUCCCUACUACCCGGCACAGUGCUUGCAGAGCACAGGGCCGAGCAUGGACAAACGUAGCCCGCCACCAGAGUACAGCGCCCCCAUCCAGGGCCAGGGAUUCAUCCCUCAACAGGCCCAGGAACCAGUGCAGGCUCAGCAGCACAGGUAUGUCCAGUCUGGUCAGCCGGCUGAAGUCCCUUGCUACAGCGCGUUCAGCAGUCUGCCACCUCCUGGCUUGGAGGAACCCAACCAGGUGGAACUGCUUCUGAUGGAGAAUGAGAGGUUGAGACAGGAGCUUGAAGCUCACAGGGAGAAGACCGCCCGCAUUCAGAAGUUGGAGCAGGAGAUCCAGCGUAUUUCGGAAGCCUAUGAAACACUGAUGCAGGGCAGCAGUAAGAGGGAAAACCUGGAGCAGACGCUCAGAAGGAGGUUGGUGGCAGAGAUCAGGAGGCUUCAGGAUUUCAACAGAGACCUCAGAGAAAACUUGGAAAAUGCCCGAACGCACGUUGCAAAAGAGGUAGAGGCGGCCGAUCAUAACCAGCACAUCAUGGCAAAACUCCUUGAACAAAAUGAGGAGCAGAACUUUGAGCGGGAGCGCGUGGAGAGAGAGCUGCAGCGUUUGGGAGCGACUGUGGAGGAUCAGAACCUCAGGGCCAAGCAGCUCGAGGAAGCCCUGGACGCAGCCCGUGCACGAGGUCGCCAGUUCGAGGAGGAGUUGAGGAGGAAGAGGGCGUACGUUGAAAAGGUGGAGAGGCUUCAGAGUGCGCUGGCCCAACUGCAGUCCACGUGUGAGAAGAGAGAGACCCUAGAGAUGAAGCUGAGGACGAGGCUCGAGCAGGAGCUGAGGAGUCUGAGGGCACAACAGAGGCAGUCUCAGCCCCCGGGAGUGACCAUGAGCUCGCUUCAGGAGCGCCUGCAUGAGCGCGAGGAGCGGAUUCUGGCUCUGGAAGCUGACAUGGUGCGCUGGGAGCAGAAAUACCUGGAGGAGAGCACCAUGAGGCAGUUUGCCAUGGAGGUUGCUGCCACCGCUGCUGCUCAGAGAGACACCACCAUCAUUAACCACUCGCCCUGCCACUCCUCCAACAACAGUUUCAAUGAGGACUUGCCAGUCACCGACCACAGGAAUCAGGAGAUGGAGAACAGGAUCCGUGCUCUUUACGCGCAGAUCUUGGAAAAAGAUGCUGUGAUCAAGAUACUCAACCAGCGGCUGCACCAGGAUCAAGGUCGGAAGGAUGAGCAGAGCUCACGCACGAACCUCCUAACCACGGCUGGAGCACCUCUCCGGCCUGCCUUCUCCACCCCCUCCAUCAGCACCGCCAGUACCAAGAGCAGAGGUAAGAGUCUUUCGGACGACCAGACGUUUCCAAGCCGUCAGUUCUCAGCUCAGUCCGAACCCUCGACGCUAGAACGGCAGCUGGAGGGGAAGAAAGCCAAAGAGGCCGCCAGUGCUCCUGCGCUCAGCACCGACAAGUCAGCACCUAAGAAGCUGCUGUUAAACCCCUUCAGAGGCCUGGAUGAGCUGGAGUCGGAGGCUGUGGAAAUCUUCAUUUAAGGAACUGAGAGGUGGCUUUUAAAAACAAAAGAGAGAGAAAAAAAAAGCCAUCCUGACUAUCUGUGAAGAGCGAAAGCAUAGAAAACCAACAAUUACUGGAUUCAACAAUGUAAUAUAAAGAGCCGGGGGGGGACUGUUUUCACAUUUUUGUGACAGAGCUGUGCUCCGACCCACUUUCUCUCACCGAGCCGGACAGCUGCGGGCAGUCUGCCCAGCAGAGUGAGAAAAGAUGAAUCUUCUGAGGUACUUAGACAGUAUUGUGGAUUGUAAUAGGGCAACAUGUUCUCAGAGAGUGUAAGCCAAAAUAUUUAUAUAAAUCUCUCUCUAUGUAAUUGCUGCUUUCCCUCCCAUUAUUGUCCACUUUAUUUCUUUUCCCAGUGAGUUAAGAAGCUACAUAUUUAUCUAAUCUGGUUUCCACAUUCCCUAAAUAUUAACUUAAGCCUCAUGCUCUUUCAGAUAAAUAUUCAGUUAAGGGUUAUCUAUGUGACUUGCAUUCCCCUCCUCUCCAAAGUAUGUGGAUUUAAUAUUGAGUAAUCUCAUUCCCAUCACACAGAUGUUAUCUGAAAGACUCCCCAUGGUUGAUUAAUUUAAGAUGAUAAAUACAAGAUGCGUUGGUCUCAUUGUUCAUAUUUCCUCAAGCUUAGUAGCUGGAUCUACUGAGGCUUGCAGACACGUGAACAGUCAGAUGCUUAAUAUAUAUAAAAAUCAUUUUUUCUUUUUUUUUUUUAAUGUCACAGACCUCGUGUAUGUUUUGGGACAUUGUAACAUCAUGGCGAUGAGUUCACUGUCUAUUUUUCUGAUCUUUUAUUUUCCCCCUUCCUCUCAAAGUAUGUUUGUAUGUGGGAUGGUAGUAUGUGAGUGUGUGUCCUGAUGUGGGGAUUCUGCUGGUUUGGUCACCACUGAGGGGCAAAAAGUUGUGAGUUAUUUGUUUACUGUGAGGUUUGAACUAACAAACAGGUUAAUAAAUAUUAUAUAUUUUAUACAGAUGAUUGUAUUGUUAUUUUAGAUAGUGUAGCAGGAUGCCAAAGAGUUUGUGUAUCUUAUUUGUAAGUUAUGUGCUGACAAUCAUGGUCUUGUCCAGCUGUACACAACACCCACAUGUUGACUUCAGACAUUUCUGUGAACUUACAACAGUAUGAAGGUUUUUGCAGAUGAAUUCAUGCAACAUUUCAUAAA